GCGGGGGCGAGGCGGUGGCAGCGGCGGGAGCACGGCGACGGCGGCCUUCAACUGGGCGAUAUGCCCUUUGUUCCCCCUGCAGAUUCGUUGUACCAUCGGUACUUUCAAGCGCAUAGGAGGGUUACGUGGGACAGGGUGAGGGUACUGGACAAGGAGAAAACACCUGGUGGGAUAAAAGUUCUACCGCCGGAGCGGGAUCAAAAAGGAUUGCCUACAUGUAUUUAUGAGGCAAUGAUGGCAUGGAUGGAAUCCCACCUGAGGCUUAAUGGAAUAAUUGUCCGGUUGUCAUCCAAGGACCUUCAGGACAAGGAGCAAUCGCUAGUCAGUGGAGAAACUGACAGGACAGUGCGUUGCAUGGAAGUGGUCAGCACUACCGGUAUCCUGUGUGAGGAUGAUUACAAAAAUCAGAAUUUUGAUGGUGUCCGGUAUGUGGUGGACGGGGGAAAGUCAUUUUUUUCCUUAAACCAGGAGGCCGUCCAGCGGGCAGUCGAAACAAUGCGUAGUGGCCCCCUUCUUCUUGUGUUUCAUUGUGGCGAGGACUACUACGACUACAUUGCUAAAUACAAGUGCAAACCAAUCCUGAGUUACAAGAAAUACCGACAUGAACAAAUGCUCACCCAUGCCGUCAACUGUAUCGGUUAUGGUGUUGAGACAUUCGUGCCCAGCUGGGAGUUCCAAAACUCUUACGGGAAAAAGCUUGGGCCCAGAGGUAGGCUGCUCCCUCAGAAUGCAAUUCGCCUGUAUGGGAUGACUAGGAUCCGUGCUGUGCUAAGCUCAAGGAAGAGGAAGAGGAUGUUUCUAGAUGAUCCUAAUGCUGAUUUUCUCCAGCCCCCGCUGAAAAAGCGCAUGUUGGAGCUGAAAAAGCCCAUGUUGGAGCCACCGAUUGAUUGGAUGGACAUCGAUGAUCUGUACUGUGCGUCUUCUUUUUCCUGUACCUCACUUUGAAACAGUGCCAACAGAUUCGGUCUGUAACUGAGGUAACCUGGCGAAGUGAAUCAUGAAUUGAACCAGUACAAUUUUGACGAUUUUGCUGAUUGUAUUAACAGCUUAAAUUGUUACUGA